AUGUCUGGAGAUACCACAAAGACCAAUAAUAGUAAUCAAUUCACGUCGGCAAAAUACCAAGGCCACUCAGCACCUGUGCUCUCGCUGGCAGUCUCGGAAGAGUAUUCCUGCCUCCUGAGUGGAUCCGAAGAUCAUACCGCUCGACUCUGGGAUUUGCGCGACAAUAACAGAAGGCGGGCUUCCUUGUGCAUUCAAACUGGUGGAGAAGUUUUGUCAGUGGCCUUUACACCAAAAAAUGGAGCAGUAGAGGAUAUACCAGUGGAAUUAUCGAGCCCGUUUGCAAAGGAUCAUUCCAUCUUUUUGAGUGUAGAAAAUGCCGUCUUGGAAUAUGACUUGCGUCUAGCCACUUCACCGAUUGUCAAUCAACCAACUCGCAACCUGACGCCCAUUUUGCAGAACCAAGACGAAGUCAAUCAAGUAGCACUGGCUCAUCAUACAUUGAGAUCAUCAGCACCCAAUAAGGGAAAGAAAAAAGGCAACAAGAAAAACAACAAACGGACUUUGGGGGAGACAAAGUUAUAUGUGGCAGCGUCGGAUGAUGCGGGGACGAUUCGAUUCAUGGAUUCGACGUCAACGAACAGUAGUCAAGUGAUGCAUCAUGAUGAAAAUGCUGUUGUCCCAGCCUGUGCCUUUCGACCGGGAGCGAACAGGGGGAGUCUAGAACUAGCGAGUGGCGGAACGGAUUGUCAAGUGUCAUUGUGGGAUGCCUUCAAGCCAAAACGACCAAUAUCUUCCCUUUCCACCUCCACACCCGAAACGGAAACAGGCAAAGCCCAAGUUUGCAAUCCACCAAUGGUAUAUUCAUUGUCUUGGAGUCAAAGUGGUAAUUUGCUAGCCGCCGGCUUGGGGGAUGGGAGCGUCAGUAUCAUGGGAAUACAGAAUCGAAGUCUAGUCCAAACGGGGCUUUUGCCCUAUGCUCAUGAUGCAUCCGUAGCCUCGGUGCACUUUCCUUCGUUUUGCAGGGACAGAUCAGAACGAGUACUGUUUUCAGGAGGGAGCGACGGGAUUGUCCUCUGCUGGGAUUUGGGGUCCAAUAUCGUGGAGAAUGAGGCUGCGAGUCCAAAGAGCUUGUUUUCUCCCGAUUUACUCAAGGGAGGUUCCAAGCAAAAGGAUGCCACCACGGCAGAAUUGGUCCAACAGACAGAAGAAGGCUUAUCACUGUUUGACAACCACGCUAAAAUAUUGUUUGGAAUUGGCAAGGGGGAGAAAAUCAAUUGGAUGGAAUCCGCCAAAGAUCCAGACACUUUGUUUGUGGCCGAUACUUCCAAUGACAUUACAGCCUACACCAUUCCAAUGCUACAACAAUCAUGA